UAUGCGGGGGUGUAGUACGGAUGGAAGCAAAAGAGAUCUGAUUGGAAGGAUGUUUGGAAGGAGGGGAAUGAACGUGUUAGCACUGAGUGAGACAAAGAUGAGAGGGAAGGGUGAGUGUGUGUUUGGAAGUGUGAGUGGGAGAAUGUCUGGUGUAGAGAGCGGGAGAGCAAGAGAAGGCGUGGCUUUACUGGUGAGCUGUGAGGUGAGACGAUGUGUGGUUGAAUGGAAGGAGGUUUCACCAAGACUGAUGUGUGUGAAAGUGAAAUUUCUGAAGGAGUUUUGGGUGUUCGUGAGUGCAUAUGGUCCUGGCAGUGAGAGGAAUGAAGAGGAGAGAGUGACCUUCUGGAACGACUUGGAUGAGUGCUUGCAAGGAUUUGGAGCAAAUGUGAAUGUAGUACUGAUGGGAGAUCUGAAUGCUAGAGUGGGUGAUGAGAAAUUUGAGGGUGUUGUUGGCGGGCAUGGUGUUCCUGGAAAGAAUGAUAAUGGUGAGAGACUGAUAGGAAUGUGCACUGAAAGAGAGAUGGUGAUUGGGAAUACAUGGUUCAGAAAGAAAGAGAUCCAUAAGUAUACGUGGGUGAGGCAGAGGGGUGGAAGAGUGAUUGAUAAAGCACUGAUGGAUUAUGUGGUGGUUUCAAAGGUUGCAUGUAGUAGAUUGCUGGAUGUAAGUGUGAGGAGGGGAGAGAGUGGAGGUAUGUCUGAUCACUAUUUGGUGGAAGGAACGUUGCGUGUGGGUAUGCCAUGGGUGAGAUCGAGAAAGAGUGAGGAGGCAAGAGAAGUUCUGAGAGUGAGUGUUUUGAAGAACAGAGAGAAAAUGUGUGAGUAUCAGAAGGAAUUAGGUGGCAAUUGGAAUAUGGUGAAGGAGCAAAUGGUUGUUGGAGUGGAGGAAGAAUGGCAACAGUUCAAGAGUGCAGUGGUUGGAUGUGCAGAGGAAGUGUGUGGUGUGAGACGUGUUGGGGGUGGUGUAAGAAAGGGAAGUGAAUGGUGGUGCGAGGAUUUAAGGUUGGCUGUAGCUGAGAAGAGAUGUGCGUAUGAAGUACGGCUGCAGAGAAAGGAUAGGGAGUCAUAUGAGUCUUAUAAGGAGAAGAAAAGGGAUGCUAAGAGAGCUGUGCGAGAGGCAAGAGCGGCUGCGGACGAAAGUCUUUUGUUGGACCGGACAGAAAAGAAAAGAAGGAAAGAAGAGAGAGGGAUGCCAGGGGUGUGUCAUGGUGCCUCUGUCCUCCUCCUCCCAGCUCUGCUCUGCUCCUGACUCACAGCUGUGACUACUCACAUCAUCAAGACACCUGCUUCAUAAGGAGACCCAGCUCCAGCAUUCUUCACCAGUUUGUUAACCCAGAUGGUUUACCUCAUGCCACGAGAGUCACCUGAGUCUAAUACCACCUCGAGCAGCAGCAUCAUUCCUCUCACGCUGACACCUUUCACCUUCAAGAGCCACAGCCUCUGUGCUCCUCAAGAGCUCCAGCCAUGAAAUUCAUCAAGAACUCCAGCCUCGCCUCUCAUUAGAACCACAGCCACGCCACUUAUCCUGAACUCCAGUCUCACCUUGAGAAGCACAGCCAUGCUCCUCACCUCGAGCGCCAGCCGCACUCAGCGCCAAGUUUCUCUGCCAAGAUCUACAGCCACGUUUACCCACAGUCUUGCCUGGAUCAGUAAAAUAAAUAUUCUUACUUACCAACCAC